AUACAUGCUGUAUAUGCCUUCAUUCACAUCUUUGUAAUAUCAUGUACCUUGAAUGAUUGGCUAUCAUUUGUGCAAAUUGAUUUAUCUUUUUAAUUAUAAUAACACUGUCGCAGCACUGGUGUUCGUAAUCUUUUAUUAUUUUUUUAGUUGCUAUGGAAUGCUUUCUUCAAUCAACACUUUUCUAUCACCAAAUGUAAAAUAUUUAAUAUGUGAUCUUGUUAAUGAAACUGCUGACUUGGGGCUGUCUUAUACUCAGAAACCUACAAAGGAUGAAGUUUUGAAAUCUAUUGGUACAAUUAUUUCCUCCAUUGAACUUGGUGCUCCAGCAACGUACUUGGAGGCACUGAAGGCAAUUUCUCCUUAUGCCAAGCUGCUACAUCCUUUCAAGUUGAAUAACACUGAAAAUCAUAUAGAAACAUGGCUCUCGACUUAUACGAUGGUUUCAUUUCAGACGAUCUUUAUGGUCGAAAAGCCAGCACAAGUGAUGUUGGCACUACUGAAGUUUACAUCUGCAUUAGAAAGAGCACUUGGUGAUGCUUGUGUAUCGCUGGGAGGAACAUGUCCAUUUUUACUUCGGGAUUUACUGUUGGAUGAUGGACUCUGGAAGUUGUUUGGUGCAAACAGAAUGAAGCUAUUACAGGUUUUGAUUGGAAACCCACAUGGUAUUAAUUUGAGAAAUUUGGUGUGGCAUGGAUUUCUAGGACCUGCAGAAAUCCCACAUGUGUUUGUUUCUCUUCUUCUAUGCAUUUGUGAAUCUCUAGCAUCAGUAUUGAAUUUACAUGAGGUAAAGAUUCAACAAAGACCACUUAUUUCUGAUUCAUAUCCAAUGCAACUGUUUCGUGAUAGACUUCAAUGCACAUCUCUUCUAGAAGAUGUUGAUGAAAUUUGGAGAUGCAUAUCAGCAGACAGUCAUAUUUGCCCAGUUUUGUGGCCAUUUCUUGAUGAAAGCUUCAAUCUGUAUGCUCAGAAAGAAUUUGGUGAUUGUGUGACCUUGAUCAUCCCUUGUUUUGAAACCUUGUUGAGAAUACUCUUUGCUCAGAGCAAUGAUUGUGAAGAAAGGAUUCUUACUGCUGAAUCUUCUAGCUUAUACACCACACUCGAUGAGAUUUUUGCUCAGCAUUUGGAUGAUGGCUCAGAAAACAGAGUUCGAUUUGUGUUGGGAGAUGAGAUCAUGAUGGUACUUAUGGAUCUAUUUAUGCUUCAGGACGGAGUGCGUAUACGAGACCGACUGUCGCAUGGAGAAAUGUCGUUGGCAAUCAUAAAAAGUCAAAUUGCGAGCGUUCUUAUUUGCUUAACCUUACGAGUUUUGUGGUGCCUAACCAGAGAACAAAAAUGGAAUACAUUAGACGAAGCUGCCUUGGGUGAAUGUUUAGAAGACGGGACACAUGAAGAUUGUUUCCUAAAAAGAUUUGCAACAAGUUUUGACAACCAACUAAAAGGCUACUGCUCGCUAUUCCACCCUCUCAACAUUGCGAAGCGGUCUUAUCUGAAAUCAAAAGCCACAAUCGAGCAGUUUAAAUAUGUUCAAACUCCCGAAGUGUUUCACAUUGAUGCUGGCGAUAGUGGAACAUUCCAAGACGUCGGCGACGCACCUUACAUCGCGGAAUCGGCAUUGCUGUACCGCAGUGAUAAGAAAUAUUUGGAAAUUGUUGUUGUGCUUCGCCAUAUCACCGACGAAUCUUUGACCUCCGCUAAUAACGUAUUAGAUUAUCUUCACGAAAGAUGGCAAUCAUUCUGUGAUAGAUCGCUGAGAUCACGUCAGAGAGUGAAUUACAAAAAUAUGGUAAAUAGAUUGUUGGAGAUACAAGUACUGUUUGUGACAAUUUUGCGCGAGAUAUCACGUCAUUUUCUUGAUUUGGAGCAGAUUGACGUGCCAGAUCACAACGCCUUUUUGAGGAAACUAAAACGAUUACUGAAAACUACAGAAAAUCUUCGAACGUUAACAUCACAAAACAAGUGGGACAAAGUUUGCUCUCUGUUGUCACGAUUUGUUUAGAAUUAUCACUUAAAUUCUUAUGAUGAAUAUACUAGCAUUUCUGCAUGAUGAAGUCUCUUAUUUUGGACUGAAAAUCUAUAUAGUUUCUGGACUGUAUUACUAUUAUGACGCCUGUCGCGAAAAGGAACAACAUUGUAAUAAUAUCCGGUAUAUAGCCUAUAUAUAUUUGCCCACCCAAUGAUCGAGUUGAAUCCUUCAAUUUUGUAGGAAAGCCAUAUCCCGUGGGGACGUUACGAUUACCAAGGCUGUUUUUCUUUCAAUUCGCUCUGCGGCAUAUCCGGAACAGGCACAGACUAUCAGCUUCUGUAUUUUUAAACUGCCAACAUGGCAUAAGACUCUUUUCUUCCCAGUGGGUUAUUGAUGAAACAUGUUUCGUAUUGUGAGUGACAAUUCGGCCAACCGACUGAAUAAUCUGAAAUCAUCAGGUAUUCGACAAUGUCCAGUUCUUGUGACGGAUUAGUAGCACGUGACAAGCCACGUAUUGGUUCUAUGAAGCCUACCAAAAAAACAGUUUUAAUCCACCAAUUGUUACCUUAAAAUUGAUGUUAACUCAAUUGAAUUGUCACAUGAAACUCCAUUCGUUAAUAGGUCAUGGUAUGAUUCAUUGGGUAAAUUUUCAAGAAAGUCUGGUUUAAUGAUUGCACUCAUUGAUACUUAUCAUCGGAGUGCUUACGUCGCUUCACGAGAAGUCCACGACACGCCCUUUUAUGGGUUGGACCUCCACGAACGUAAUUUACAUUCUUGAUAAAAUUGAAAAAAAAUAAAAUAAAUAUGGCCGUUCCUGUCGAUGAAAUGUAGCUUUGGCUUAUUUCACAGGUGUUAUACAGACUUCCAACCCUCUCCCUUGUUUCCUCUGAUGAAAAAUUUUGGUAGUUCCGCUUGGUCUCAUCCGUGCGCUAUGUACAUGUUCCAACUUGUUAUCAAAAGUUCUCCACAAUACCUUCUGCUGUAGAAUCUCAUUCUUCUUAUCUAUCUGUAGGCUACAAUAUUCACUCGAAUUGUUCUCGAAGUCUCGUGCCAACCGCAAUUCACUGGCAUCUAUGUCGGAAUAAACCUAUGAUAGCUCUUAGCGCUUUUU